AUGGGCAAGCGCACCACUGCCGCCGGCGCGGCUGCUGCGCCGCGGCCGCAGCAAAAGAAGCAUAAGGAGAGCUUGAACUCCGAUGUCAUCAAGCUCCGCGGCGCCAAGGACCUGCGGUCGCGCCUCGUGCUCGCGACGCUCGCGCGGAAGAAGCUGGAGAUCGGCGGCAUCCGCGCCGACGACGAGUCGCCCGGCCUGCGCAAGGAGGAGGCGUCGUUCGUGCGGCUCAUGGACAAGCUCACGAGCGGCUCGCGCAUCGAGAUCAACGAGACGGGCACGACGCUGCGCUACGCGCCCGGCUUCCUCGCCGGCGGUUCCGUCGAGCACGACUGCUCGCGGAGCGGGCGCGCCGUCGGCUGGUUCCUCGACGCCGUGCUCCCGCUGGCGCCCUUCGGCGCCGCGGCGCUGGAGCUCACGCUCCUCGGCGCGACCUGCGGCGACGGCGCGUGCCGCGGCGCCGACGCCAUCCGCGCGGGCGCGCUCCCGCUGCUGAAGGCGUUCGGCGUCGAGGACUGCGGCGUGCGCACCGAGGCGCUGCUGGCGGCGUGCGCGUCGGCGGCGCGGGGGAAUAUCGUGCUGACCUGCGCGCCUAUUCGCAAGCUGUCGCCGGCCGCGCUCGACGCCGUCGGCCUCGUCAAGCGCGUCCGCGGCGUCGCCUACUGCACGCGGUCGGCGCCGGCCCUCGCGAACCGCUGCGUCGCCGCGGCGCGCGGCCCCCUGAACCGGCUCCUGGCGGACGUGCGCGUCACGACGGACGCGGCCGCGAAGCGCGACUGUUUUCCUUCCCCCGGCUUCGGCUGCUGCCUCGUCGCGGAGACGCUCGACGACCGCGUGCUCUGCGCCGACCUGGACGCCCACUGGUACCGCACGGAGGCCGGCGACCGGCCGACGCCCGAGGACCUGGGCGAGGCCGCCGCGUUCGUGCUGCUGGGCGAGGUCAACCGCGGCGGCGUCUGCGACGACCACGGCCAGCCCCUCCUCUUCACGCUCAUGGCCCUCGGCCCGGAGGACGUGAGCUCGGCGGUGACGGGCCCGCUGACGGACCGCGCCGUCGGCCGCCUGCGCCUCAUCAGGCAGUUCCUGGGCGUGCGCUUCAAGCUCACGCGCAACGGCGACGGCACGGUCCGGUCCGCGUGCCUCGGCGCGGGCUACCAGAACUUCGCCAAGCCCGUCACCUAA